AUGGAGAAAGAGAUAGAAGAUAAUCCAGCUGAAAUGAAGCGACUUGUGCUAAGCAAGCUAGGAAAAAUUCCUGAUGAAGUAAGGGCUAUUAUUGAAAACACUGAUCUGGAUGGAAUUACAUCUUCCCCAUUAAGGUACAGGCAUCCAUGGGAGCUUCUUUGGGGAAAUAUCAGCAAAGGCAAUAUCUGUGUGGCCAGUGAUGCACUCCCCCCCAUGACCCCGGACAUCGGCCAAGGUGGUUGCGCUGCCUUGGAAGACGGUGUUGUCUUGGCCAGGUGUCUUGCUGAGGCAUUGUUGAAACAACCAAGUGGCCGGGAGAAAGCUGAAAAGGAGGAAUAUAAGAGGAUUGAACAAGUUGAUGGGAAAGUGAUGUACUUGUUAAGGGAUAAAUUAUUUGCUGCAUACCUGGCUGGGGUGCUAGCUCUUGAGGAGGGCUGA